UUUCCUAAAAACAGACAGAAAUUUCUAUUUAUAAUACCAGAUAAAUAGAUAAAAACAUCAUUGAAAUUAAUUAACAACAAGGCAAUGAAUGUUACUAAGAUAUAUAAUAUGUAUGAUUUUUUGUUUGCUAUUAAUAUAACCACUUGCAAAAAUUUCACAAAUAUGAAAUAUUAAACUGGUUGUUAUUGUGGAUGCCAACAAACACUUAUCUUUGUUUUCCUAAAAGCACAGUAAAGUAUAUUUUAAAAAAACAACAACAAACAAGAGCUGUCACUAAUGGUGACAAAUGCCCCCGCAGCGCCUUGACCUUUGACCUGGUGGCCUUGACCUUUGACCUGGUGGCCCCUAAGUCAAUAGGGGUCGUGUACUCAGUAAGUACUAUUAGCAUGUUAAGUCUGAAGGUUCUGGGUGCAGUGGUUUGCGAGUAAAGUGCCUUCAUGCAAAAAGUUAACAUUGGCCCCUGUGACCUUGACCUUUGACCUGGUGAGUAGUGCCUUCAUGCAAUAAGUUGACGUUGUGACGAACGAACUAACGAACGGACAGUUAAAAACUUAUAUGCCUCCCUUCGGGUGCAUAAAAAUACGAACCUGCAUCAUCUUUAGCAAAGAUAUUACUAUUCUUUUCGGCAUGACAGUAAGUGCAGUACUGGUUCGAGUCGUAAAUUCGGCCACUUUUUCAUAAAUAUUUCGUUCUUUAUACAAUUGAUUUGUACAAAAUUUCUACCAUAUGUGCUUUAAUACAAGCAACAUUGAUUGUUAUCAUUAACGGCUGGUAAAAGUAUGGUAAACAAUAAACCCGCGCUUAAAAUAACGGAUAGGUUUAGUCACCAUAUUUUACAUUCUAGAGGUUGUAAGUAUUUGGCCUCUUUUAAAAAAUAAAGUUGGUUAUAUUUUCAACAUCGUCUUGGAAAUAAAUCGAUGCUACAGCCAAAAUCGUACUUUUUUUAACAAACUGAAAUCAAUUUGCAGUAGCAUACCUCAGGCCUCUACAAAUUAAAAAGUUGUUCAUCGGAUUUGUCGCUCGUAUAUUUUCAGAAACACACAAAAAAAUAAUUAUUUUUUUUGUUUUUGGCUUGCGCUCGCCCCAUUGAAAAAAAUCAAGCCAGAAUUUUUUGGUGCGCUACUUUUUACGGACGUAAAAGUGUAUAAAUGCUUAUAAAUUCCAGUCCCAGAUUGUACUCAAAUGGAUUUUAAUCAAAAUAAAUACAUAAUACGCACACAUCGUGUAUAAUAUAUCAUAUAACAGAGCUAUUGGUCAUUAUAUAAAACUUAAACAAAAAUGACCUCCCAGUUAUGAUCAGAAAUUGAUUGUUGGGAGUAUCCCCGUAGAUGUAGAUAGAUAACACUUAUAUUUAGUUGCGUUAAAGUUAUUUCCCCUUUAUGCAGUUACGCCAUUUUCUUCAAAUGUUUACCAAAUUACAUGCUACAAAAAUUGAUUUAUUUCAUUGAAAACUGGAUGAGGAAAAAAAUACUAAUUUAUUUGAUAACAUCAGUCUUCAUUAUUUUGGAUUGGCACAGGAGAGUUAUUUUCACAGACAUGUUAACUGAAGGUAUUAUUGAAAAGAUUGUGGAGUAUCAUCAGUAUGGAUACAGCUACAGGCUUAUACACUACCUGCUGGAAUGUCGUCAUAACUGUAGAAUAAGUUUCAGUUAUCUUCAACGGAAAAUCAUACCAGCCUUGAGUCUUAGAAGAAGAGGACCUUUGACCGUUGACUUUAACGAUGUCAUUGAAAAGGCCCUGCAUGAAAUUAGCAAUGGUGUAGCUGGGGCUGAGCAGUUAAGAAGAGUAUUCAGAACAAAGUACAAUGUUAGAAUUACAAGAGCAUUCAGCCGUGAUUUAGUGCAGCUUUUAGAUUAUGAAGGAGUUAGGAGAAGGAAACGUCAUCGUUUAAGGAGGAGACAGUAUAGAUCACAGGGUCCCAACUAUGUGUGGCAUCUUGAUGGGUAUGACAAGUUAUCUCCUUAUGGCAUUGCAAUUCAUGGCUGUAUUGAUGGGUUCAGCAGGAAAGUGAUCUGGUUAAAAGCUGGAGUAACAAACCGAAGACCAGAAGUGGUGGCAACAUAUUUCUUACAAUCUGUUGAAAAUGAAAGAGGUUUUCCAUCAAGGGUACGUGGAGACCAUGGGACUGAGAAUGUGGCUGUUUGCAAUAUACAGAGGCAAAUACUGGGCGCUGACAAAGCCUUCAUAUAUGGGAAGUCCACAUCUAAUCAGCGCAUUGAACGUUGGUGGGGGUACUUAAGACAAUGUCGAAGUGACUUCUGGAUUCACAAACUAAAGAUCCUUGAAAGUGAAGGUUGGAUAGUAAAGGAAAAUAUGCUUCACAGACUGAGUUUGCAGUUUGUUUUACUUCCUGUGAUUUCAAAGGAGUUAGAGAACCUUCGUGUCUCCUGGAAUACUCACUCCAUACGAAGGCAACGACUUGGGGACACGAUUCCAGGGAUUCCUGAUGUUCUUCACACCCACCCUGAAAUAACCGAUCCUCAAUGUCUCCAUACAGUUUCUGGUGGAUUGAUGUAUCUAUCGGCAAAGUCGCAGCUUGCUCCUGGUCAUGCCUUUUACAUCUCUGAAGUAUAUGCUUGGCAGUCUGAUCUUCUUCACCACAUGGACAAGUUGGCGCACGCUUAAACACUGAUCACAAUACCUCACCAUGUGCACUUUGUGCUCAGGUAUGAAGGACUAUAUGCAUCCAGCUAAUCCUCUUGAUAUUAACCGCUUCAUGGAGAUACAUGAUGCAGAUGACUAUCUUAGAAUUGAUCAAGACUUCAUAAUGGUUGCUGAGGAAAUUCUUACGGGGUUAGGAAU